AUGCGCAUCCAGAUCGUGAAGGCUUGCGUUGACUUGCCACCACCGACCUGGAAAGCCGAUGAGGCGACCGCAUUGUACUUGUAUGUGGUUCCCUGGAUGCCCAAUAUGGUGUUGGGCAACGGCGCCUUGGCCCGCAUCAGGAUGCGGGGAUUCUCGGAAGCCUAUGCGGGGGUGAGGAGCUACGUGGACUAUCCCGUCAUGUUCGCGACUGGCAUCCGAGCCUUCGGAGACGACAAGCUGUUCCUGGAAGUGCUGUUUCAGAACUUCUCCGGCACGCUGCACGUGCCCGCCGACCUGGGUCUCUCGUUUUACUACGUGCCGGAGCUGCAGUCGCCCAGCACGUCAGAGGAUGAAGGGGAGGUGGCAGCUUCCACAGCAACGCAGCCGGUGAAGCAGCGCCAGGAGGCAGAGUUGAGCAACCGGGGGAGCGAGCCGAAGGCACGGGAGGAGCAGGAGAAAGCCGAAGAAUCCUGGCGCAUCAAGUAG